UGUUUGCGUUCAAAUUUUGUUUUAUGUACCUGUUCUGUACAUAUAUAUAGCAGGGUUGGUGAUAUUUUUUUUAUAAAAAAAAAAUUAUAAAAUCAGUGAUUUGUUUGAAUUUUAAUUUCUAUUAUUUAUUAGAUUUUUUUUUAUUUGUUAGAUGUUUUUUCAAUCCUUUUUUUCCCUCAAAAUGUAUUUUAUGACAGAAUAACUAUUGAUUUAUCUUUUAGGUUUCCAGUUCUGGCCUAAAGUAUGUAGUACUUGCAUUUUUUUUUAUAUAAAAAUAAAUCGAUGCAGCACAGUUAUGCUUAAGUUUUUAGUAACCUCCAACCAAUAUUUUUCAAUUUAUUUGCUUUCAAAUUAAAAAAAAAUGAAAUAAAAAAGAUCAUGAAAUAAUCAAUGAUUUAAUCACUUGAUUAAAUCAGUUUGAUUUAAUCAUUGCCAACACUGAUAUAGUGUAAAUAAAGUGGUGUCUGUACAUACAUUAAGAAUGUCAUAUAAACAUCAUUGUAUGUUUAGUAUUUUGAUUUAAUUUCUCAGGUUAUUUCAUGGUCUUACGCUUGAAGUGAUUGGUAAGUGUGCUUUGGCCAUCAGCAUCGAUCCACAGAGGAAUCCUGACCAUCCUCUCCUUGCCGACUGCAGAGAGGUCUUCUCUAACUUCAAUUCUAACUCUCUUGGAAGGUCGUUUGCAACAAUGUUCCCUAGUUUAGCCAUCUAUGUCAGGAGAAUUCUGGGAAUCAGGCUUACCAGCAUUGUACCAGAAGACGACACAAUGCUCAUUUAAUACGUCAGGAAAGUCAUUAAGUAUCGCAAAUAAAAUAAGGGAUCAAAAACUGUCGAUGCACUGUAGUUGAUGUUGGAAGCAGCAAAGAUCAUCGCUUCAGAAGAAACAAAAAACGGUCCUACAACUGAUUUGAACUCUAACGUCCAGAAGGGAAAGCUCAAAGAAGGAAAGGUACUUCAGAAUGGCUCCGUGUCAGCUGCGAAGGAAGAUAAAAUGACCGAAGAUGACUUGGUGCAAAAUGCUACCCUGUUUUUGUUAGCUGGGUAUGAAACAACGUCAGUAAUGCUCUCCUUCACUUGUUAUUUGCUUGCAAAGAACCAGGAUGUUCAGCAGCGUUUAUACAAGGAGAUCCAACAACGUCUUCAGAGUGAGGUUGACACGUCCUACGAAAGUGUCAUGCAAAUGGAGUACUUGGAUAUGGUAGUCAAUGAAUCACUACGUUUCUAUCCACCAUUUGCUGACUCCAUCAUACGUGAAGUGAAAGAGGGCUGCGAGUUUGAAGGAAUGAAGUUCCCGGCAGAUUCUUUGGUCAUAUUCCCAGUCAGUUAUAUGCACUUCGACGAGACACUGUGGCCUGAUCCCCAGACCUUUGAUCCAGAGAGAUUCCAUCCCGACAGGAAGAAGAACAUCCACGUCUCCUCCUUCUUGCCCUUUGGCAUUGGUCCUCGUAAGUGCAUUGGAACGAGGUUCGCCCUGAUGGAAGCAAAGAUGGCCAUAGUUCGCCUCCUUCUGUGAUACAAGUUGAGGACGUGUAGCCUGACAGAGGAAGAUAUUAAAACAAUGCCGGGGAAAAUCACCCUGACUCCUCAAAAACUAAGCAUUUAUCUUGAAUGCGUGCACCGCUAAUUCUGAGACACACUUUUAUUGUUACCGCAGCGUUUGACAUUGAUCCGGGACGAGGCACCGUUAAGAAAUGCAUGGUGAAUACUAAAAGGAAAAAACAAAG